CCGGAAGUGAAGCGAGUGACACAGUUGGCUGUCAGUGUUGUUUCACGGUGUUUCCACCUUUUUAUAAGUACAUUAUUGAUCUGUAAGUUUUGUCGCUGCAUGGUUUAAAAGAAGAAAAGUGCAUGUGAAGUUGUUUUGAGGAGAGAGUUGUUAACAUUUGAGCAUGUUGCUGCAUGAGGGCACAGCAGAGAUCUGUGCACAUCACCUUCAGUGACUGUGAGUACUGUUCAAAGCCUGCAGGGGGAUGAGAAGAGCUGAGGAAAAGUGAAGCAGUGAAAACAGUGUAGCAGCUGUAGGAGGCAGCAUUGGCAGCCGAAUGUGCAGCAGAGCUUUCAUAAGUUGGGGGGAAAGCACAUGAUGCUUCAUGUGAAGGAGUUUCCAUCCCUCUGGAUGUUGAGUGUGCGGGCUCUGUUUGGGAUCGGCUUCCUGGUGACCUCGAGGUCGGCGUCGGCUCUCGCUCAGACGGGGGCAUGCCAGCUGUCUGCUGCCUCUAACAACCACAAGAGGGACUGCUUCAGCGGCAGAGCGGCAUCCACCAUGGCUCAGACCAUCAAAUACCUUGGGCAGGAGGAGGCCCAGCACAUUGACGAGGAGCUCUUCAGUGAAUACGGCUUCAGUGUGGAUCAGCUGAUGGAGCUGGCUGGACUCAGCUGUGCCACCGCCGUCACAAAGGCGUAUCCAGUUACAUCUCUGGUCAAGGCCAAACCCUCCCUGCUGGUGAUUUGUGGACCGGGAAACAACGGAGGCGAUGGCCUGGUCUGUGCCCGACAUCUCAAACUCUUUGGCUACGAGCCGACCAUCCUGUACCCGAAGAGGCCAAACAAGCCUCUGUUCCAGGGGCUGACCACGCAGUGCCAGAAAAUGGAGAUCCCCUUCCUGACUGAGAUGCCUGAGGCUAAAAUCAUUGAUGAGGCUUACAACCUGGUGAUAGACGCCAUCUUCGGCUUCAGCUUUAAGGGCGCCGUGCGAGAGCCUUUUGGUUCCAUCCUGGACGUUUUGAAGAAGACGACGGUCCCCAUAGCCAGCAUCGACAUCCCCUCAGGCUGGGACGUGGAGCAGGGCAGUGCAGACGGACUGCAGCCCGACAUGCUCAUCUCUCUCACGGCUCCCAAGAAGUCCGCCUCCUUGUUCAGAGGACGAUAUCACUUCCUGGGAGGACGCUUUGUGCCUCCUGGACUAGAGAGGAAGUACCAGCUCAACCUGCCUCAGUACCCCGGCACAGACUGCGUGUUACGACUGUAGACGAUGUAGAGGUUUCACUGAUUGUCUUUAAAGGAAGAGUUCAUGUUGUGGUAAACAAUUCCCCCUUUUUGUUUAUUCAGGAGACAGAAGAGAAGAUCAAUACCACUCUCAUCUAUGUGAAUUUCCUAAUUGGAGUCUAGAGGCGGUUAGCCUAGCUUAGCAUUGACACUGGAAACACAGCAACUCCUACAGAUUACAUGAAGCUCUUUGGUUUUAUCCAUACUCACACAAAACAUAAAAAUAAUAAUUGUACAUCUUUCUGGGAGUUUUGCACCUUAGCUGUUGGAAAAAUAUGGACAUGAAAAUUUCUCAAGUGCUUAGUCAUUACUGCGAGGCUAAACUUACUGCCUGUUUCCACUGAGUCCGCUUUAGCUACUUUCUGUCACUAUGUAGCCGGUCGCUCCUUUUCUAGUCAAUACACAUGUAACAAAUUCUACAGAAUACACUUCACCAUGUUUCUUUAACACUAAUAUGUGUCACUAGUCCGUCUACAAACCCCCCAGUUAUGAGAAAAGUCCAUCCUCUCUGUCUUCUGCCUGCUCCACUUGUAGAGACAAUGUGUGCUCAAACAGGCCGUUUGGAGAUUUUCCCUUCAUGACAUCACAAAGGGCAGUAACCCCUCCCCCAGGUGGGUGACACUCCCACAGCUAGGUGUUUGUUCUGCCCUCUGAGUUUGCCUUCUCAUCAUAAACAAUAGGGCAUGGUGCAGGAAAGCACAUGACACCCAAGCCCUUCCAGAGAGGGGGCGUGGUCAAACACAGCUCAUUUGCAUUUAAAGCUACAGACACAGAAACAGCCUGUUCUGAGCACGGCUGAAAUAGAGGGGUUUAUAGGCAUGAUCAAAUACAGGAUCAGAGUGGAUUUAGAACAGGAAACUUCACAGACAUGUUUUGUGGAGCUCUCGGACUUAUUUAAACUUCCUGAAAAAGAGGAUAAUAUGUCACCUUUAAAGAUAUUGAUUGGUUACGAUUGAGUGUACGACGGUGGAUGAGAUACGAAGGCUGUGUUGUAAAAUCAAUAAAGAAAAAAAAGAUAACUA